GACACAACAUUUUAACUCUUCCAGACUACUCUCUCAGACAAAAUACCCUAAUCGCUUCACUUAAUCAUCUUCAUUCGGAAAAAUCUAUUGAAGGCUUCAUCCAACUUUUACCUUAGAAUCUCCAAUACCCAUAACCUAUUGAAUCCUAAAUCGAAGCCCCCAAGCCUUGAGAGGUAAAUCAGUGAAGCACUCUUCUAAAUCCGUGAAUAUCAGUGGAUUUUCGAAACCCCCAACCUUUAAGAGGGACUUGAGUUUCAACAACUUAAUUGGUGAAGUGAAAUCUCAUAAUACUUUAUUCAGAUCAAGUCUCUUACUUGUUUCGGUAAGAAUUGUCUGUUCUCUGUUGGGAAACCUUCCGAGCCAAAAAGCAAAAAUCUUCAAACCAUCUUAUGCAGUUUUGGUAAUCUAUGGGAGAAUCAUCUGAAAACCAACUAAUGUUGGAUGAUACAAUUUCACCUUACAUUGAGGACACAACAGAUAGUGAUGGAAGUGGGAGUGAUGCUAGUGGUGAGCAAACUGAAGAGGGUGAUGAUAAUCCAUUUCAAAGGAGAAAAAGAGUUAAGACAAUUUCUGUUAUAGGUGACAGUUUCGAUAAGAUGAGGGAACAAGUUGCACAAUGGGUGCUUAUGCAUGAGCAUCCAUUUACAAUUGUGGAGGAUGAGGGUUUUAACAAUCUGCAAAGUUAUUGUAUGCCACAAUGGGAAAAAAUAUCAUGCGAUACUAAUAAAAAUGAUUGUGUGAAGCUGUAUGAGAGGGAAAAGAAGAACUUGAAGACUUUGUUGAGGAAUGUCAGUAAAAUUAGCUUGACGACAGAUUUAUGGAAUUCAAGUAGAUUGAAAAUCUAUUACAUGGUUCUGACAGGGCACUUUGUAGAUAGUAAUUGGAGGUUGACGAAACGUGUUCUAAACUUUGUUCGUAUACCUCAUCCUUAAGAUGGUGUUCAGAUUGUUGAUUCCAUUUAUAACUGUUUGAAGGAAUGGGGAAUUGAAAAUAAGGUCUACGCGAUCUCAGUUGAUAAUUCUUCAGCUAAUGAUAUGGCAAUCAGGAUUCUGAAGGAAAAAUUUUCAAUAAACAGGAAGCUCCUUUAUGGAGGUAAAUUGUUUCAUGUUCGGUGUUGUGCACACAUCUUAAAUCUUAUGGUUCAAGAUUGUCUUCCUCAAAUUAAGUACAUCAUUGAAGACAUCUAUGAUAGUGUUUUAUAUAUCAAGCUUACGGAGGGCAAACUUAACAUUUUCUCGGAGAUUGUGCAACAACUGCAAUUGCCUUACCGAAAGCUCAUUCUUGAUUGUAGAACAAGGUGGACUUCUACUUAUGAGAUGUUGGCAACUGCACUUAAGUUCAAGGAAGUGUUUGCAAGAUUCAAAGAAAGAGAGCCGCAUUAUAAUUUUUGGCCAAACCUAGAAGAUUGGGAGAAAGUAGAUAAAGUUUGUGAAAUUUUGAAAGUUUUCAAUUCAGCUACUAAUAUCAUCUCUGGGAGUGACUAUCCAACUCCAAAUUUAUUUCUUAUUGAAGUUUGUCGGGUGAAAGUGUUGUUGGAUAAAAAGUCACAAGAUGAAAAUGAAUUUAUUCGAGACAUGGUGAAAAAGAUGAAAGACAAGUUUGAUAAGUAUUGGGAGGAAUGUAAUUUGUUUAUAGCUGUAACUGCUGUCUUGGAUCCUAGGUGCAAAAUGAGGGUGAUUGACUUUUGUUUCUCUAAAAUGUAUCAUGAGCAUGAAGCACAAGAAAAUAUUAUGAGAGUUCAAGAGGUCUUAUAUGAGCUUUAUGGGGAAUAUGUGGCUGAAAAUCAAUCUUCUAGUAAUGACCAUACUAUUGAAACCGAAGUGAUUGGUGGGGUGAAUGUAGAAGAUGAAUCUUCUGGUUGGUCAGAAUUUGCGCAAUUUCUGAGAGCACAAAAAUCUGAAUUAGAUUGUUAUCUGGAAGAGGGAUGUCAUAGAUGUAAGGGGGAUCCAAAUGCAUUUGAUGCUUUAAAGUGGUGGAAGGCGUACAAUUUGGAGUAUCCUAUCUUAUCUAUGAUGGCUCGUGAUAUACUAGCCAUUCCUAUCACCACGGUGGCUUCCACGGAUACUUAUAGUGCAGGAAGUAGAGUUAUUGAUGAUUAUCGAGCUUCAUUGUCUCAAGAAACAGUGCAAAUGUUACUAUGUGGAGGUGAUUGGUGUCGCAAUCUCAAUGGAGUGAAGAAAAUAAACGAAGAAGAACUAGAGGAGAUGAUACUUCCUAUCCCUUCACUUGAUGAAAUUCAGAAGACUGUUUGAUCCUGCCUUGGUCGUAUUGCUGCUGAUAGUGCAAAUAGGUUCUGCUAACAGGUUGAUGCUGUUUGUUUUGGAGCUCCAAUAUCAGUUUUCAUGACCCUUAUAUAUGGAAAGCUUGAGCAAGAACUUCAUGCAGUAUGUACUAACAUGAGAGCUCAUUCAUGGGGACUCGGUUUAUUAUAUUUGCUGCUAGAUUGAUGUAGUUGAAUGCAUGGUUAUAUGUUAAAUUUUGCUACUCGUACGAAGAGAUAUUCCAUAAUUUUAUCUCUACUAUC